GCAAAUAAUUUUUUUUUUUUUUUUACUUGUGCUCCAAGGACACGCCCUCUACGUCCACUCCCCUGAUCGACCCUCUCUUCCUGUUGCGCACCACCACCAUCUGAUACGUUGUGGAGAUGAGCUACCCAGGUUAUCCUCCUCAGUCAUCCGGCUACCCGUCACAAGCGGGUGGCUACCAAUCACAAGGUGGUGGAUACCCCCCACAAGGUGGUGGAUACCCACCACAGGCCGGGGGCUACCUACCACAAGGGGGUGGCUAUCCACCACAAGGAGGUGGCUACCCACCACAGGCAGGUGGCGGCUACUCACCGCAGGCAGGUGGUUACCCUCCCAUGGGGGGUGGCUACCCACCAGCAGCAGGGGGCUACCCUCCCCAGGGUGGUGUCUACCCUGCCCCAGCUGGAGGUUUCCCAUCUCAGGCCGGAGGAUAUCAACAACCUCAGCCAGGUGGAGGCUUUCCGUCCAUGCCUCCAGGAGGUGGCGGCUGGGGGGCGGCACCACAGGGCUAUGGCGCACCAGGUGGCGCUCCACAGGGAUACCCAGGAGGGGCAGCACCAGGUCAGCAACCUGCGCCCAACUACCCCAGCGGAGGGGGAUAUGGAAGCGGAGUUCCAACUAAUCCUCAGGCACCCGCCAUCCCUACGGGCUACAGAGGCUCUAUUAAGGACUUCCCUGGGGCUGAUCCCCUGAGGGAUGUGGAAGUUCUUCGGAAGGCAAUGAAGGGUUUCGGCACAGAUGAAAAUGCCAUCAUUGAGCUUUUGGGAAGUCGCAGCAACAAGCAAAGAGUUCCCAUGGUGGCAGCCUACAAAACAACUUAUGGCAAGGAUUUGCUCCACGAUCUGAAGUCUGAGCUGACUGGAAAUUUUGAACAUCUUGUUCUUUCCAUGAUGAAGAGUCCGGCGCACUUCGACGCGUCCGAACUUAGGGAGGCAAUAAAGGGUGCUGGGACAGACGAAGCUUGCCUGAUUGAGAUCCUCUCGUCUCGCUCCAACGCGGAGAUUCGUGAAAUUGUGAAGAUUUACAAAGCAGAGUACGGGAAAACUCUGGAGGACGCCAUCAACAGUGACACCUCCGGUCACUUCCGAAGACUCUUGGUUUCCCUCUGCCAGGGCAACCGCGACGAGAGGGAAAAUGUGGACAUAUCGCUUGCCAAACAGGACGCUCAGAAACUGUACGCCGCGGGGGAGAACAAAGUGGGCACAGACGAGAGUCAGUUCAACGCCAUCUUGUGCGCCCGUAGCAAGCCUCACCUGCGGGCCGUCUUCCAGGAAUACCAGCAGAUGUGCGGUCGUGACAUCGAGAAGAGCAUCUGCAGGGAAAUGUCGGGCAAUGUGGAGUCUGGCAUGGUGGCGGUGGUGAAAUGCAUCAAGAACACCCCCGCCUACUUUGCUGAGCGUCUGCACAAGGCCAUGCAGGGUGCUGGGACCAAGGACAGGACUCUAGUCCGGAUUAUGGUGUCCCGCUCUGAGAUUGACAUGAUGGAUAUCAGGCAGGUGUACGUGAAGACCUACGGGAAGUCACUGUACACUCACAUCUCCGGCGACACCUCCGGUGACUACAAGAAGCUGCUGUUGAAGCUUUGCGGUGGUAAUGACUAAGAAAUGACAACCUUUCACAAGGACGGAACGACCAGUUCAUACUCAAAACUACCUGCAGCAAGUUCGUCCAUAUCCACGUUAUCUCUUAAUUGGAUGCGUCGUGAUUAUUUUUUGCGUGUUUGUUGUAGUCGUUGCUUGCCAAAUAGACCCGAUUUAUAUAUUUGAACAUAACCAAACUAUAGAAGGGCGUGCCUGGAAAUUUCAUGCAAACUACAAUGUCUAACCGUGUGUGUCCUUAUCUGACCGAACGACACGAAUGAAUGACAAAAUUGUCAAAUUCUCUAAAAGUGAAGUGGUGUGAGUAAAAGUAGUCGCACCGCUUCAGUUUUGCCAUAUUUUGUUUGGUUAGUCUCGUUUUAAAAUUGGAACCAAUUCUUUUUUUUUUCCUUUCUGUUUUCAUGUGGACAUCUACAUCAGUACCGCUGUACCUUGACUUACUCAAAUUUAUGCUUGCAAUGCACAUCUUGUACGUCAAGGUACCACUGUAUUGUGUAGGUCUUUUUUUUUUUUUUUAAAGAGGUGCACUUGUAUUUAAAAAGCCAAAUCAAUGGGCUCUCCUGCCAAGUGAUAAUUUACAAGUAGUUUUUUUUUUUAAUAUAUGUGCACAGUGUACAAAAUGUGUUUUGUUACUUUUUGGAGGUCGCCAACACAUUUCAAAUUGUCAUUCGUGCAAAAUAUCUGCAAUGAACGCCUGCGCACUAACCUGUCGUACUCGCGCCUGCUCGCCUAUGCAAAGUAGCCACCGCUUUAUAUCUUUCGCUUGAGAUUACUGAAACUUUUUUUGUUUUUCUGCUCGUUCCGAGCGUGAACUCAGUCUGUGGCCUUAGUCUUGUUGAUGCCACUUGAGGGCACUGUAAACACAUUUUGUAGCUGAAUGUCUUUUUUUCCGUGACAAUCUUGUCGGUUUAAAGCUUGACAUGUACAAAACACACAAACUAACACCAUCAUUUUUAUUUCAAUUAAAAAAAAAAUUAAUGACAUCAUACCUGCUUGAGUGUCGUCCCCCCACUACCCCCUCCCCCAAUUCUCUUGAACUCCAGAGUUUCCCGGACAGCAUAUUGUGUGUAAAGGUGCAACAAAAUAUGCCUUACAUAAGCCAUAAUAUGUGAUGAAACGGUUGAGGACAGCCGAGCGAGCGGCGUGCUGCGGGCUAUAAAUAGCGUCCAUCUUGUGGACGGGCUGCAGGCCUCGCGGGGCCCCACAAAUGACUCGGCUCGGCUCAGCACCUUUUCCCCUUGACUAGCGCUCAUCCAUUAUCAAAACGGGGCAGCAUGGAUGAUUAUUUGAUGGGAAUAUUUGGGAGGUUGUGGUGAUACCUCGCCGGAAAUAGACUAUCUUGCUUUUAGGAGGACAACAGCCCUGCAGCGACCCCGAUCGUAAUUUCCAGACACGGGACUUGAAUUAUUCAAGCAGAAGGAGGCACGCUCGCAUGUGCGCUCACAGCUCACGUUGUAAGAGACACCGACUCUAUCUAGGUCCGCAAUCAAUCAGUAAAAUAGAUUCCAAUUGACCUGUGACCUCUGGAUUAGCUUUGUGCGUUUGUAGCUAAUGAACUGUAACUGGCGUGUGGAAUGAAAUGACUGAAAAUGGGAAGAAAUACACAAAAUACAAGUGUCAAUAAAAGAUGGUCUAUUACAAG